AUGAUUGGUCUGGUAAAAGAAAACACAAGUAAUAUUUCUAAUAAUAUAAUUGCGGAUGGUAUUUAUACAAAUGAGAACUUUAAGUCGCAUAGUAUAAAUUCACAAUCUCAGAAGGACGAACGUAAACGAGCUUCAAAAAAAAAUAAAGCAGUGGGAGAUUCUGCGUUCAGAGCGUUUGCUAACAACUUUAUGUCUCUAUUUGGGUAUGGUGAUACUCUUAAAUCUGUUAAUGAAGCAGGCUUCUCGGAGAUAACAGCUGAGCAAAAGCCAGACAAUUCAAGGCAAAGUUUCAGUGAUGUAAUGGGUGUUGAGCAUACUAGAAAUGAGACUGUUGCAAUUGGAACAGAUGUUGAGGAUGGGAAUUCACCCACUAAGGAAAGUAAAGUUGGUGGUUUAAGGCUUGAAGUAGGAAACUCAGUGGCCUCAUUAAAUGCUGACAACAAAUUAAGCCAUUCAAGUAAAGUAACUGAAAAGAAUUCUGAAGCAGUUUCAAAACCAUUCCCUGAAAAAAAGACUGGUCAUUCACAGCUACAAAUUAUAGCCCAUGUUAGUGGUAGGCCAGUGCAUGCAAAAUACUCCUAUGGGAAGAAUAAGUUUAAGGUAGCUCAUAAAAAUGCCGAGAACCCCAAUGGAAAGCAUUUUGGUUCUGAUAAAGAAGGGAAGCAAAUCUCAGAUACUCAGAAUUUCAAUUCAAUAAUAAUUCCUUCACCUGUAAUCCAGUUUAGACAAGUCCCAGUUCAAGUGGUGGGCCAGAGGCAUCAGAUUGUCUAUAACACUCCGUUAAUUUCACAAAGGAUUAUUCCCCAAACAAAUAAAAUUAUUUACCAACCUGUAUAUACUCAUAACCAAGUUGAAAUGGCUAGCAAUGGGCCAGCUGGACCCAUUGGACAUGGUGUGAUGCACAAGAAUAUGUACUCUCAUGAAACCUUUGUUGGAGCAAAUACUGUAUUUUCGGGAAAAGAGUUGCCCGGAAGUUAUUCAGCUGGAAUGGGAGCAACAAAUGCUUUAAAAAACACAAACGUCUGCCUGAAUAAUCAAAUAUUAGGGUUUGGAACACCACUUGUUGGUUGUAGAAGUAUGUCUCAUGUUCCAAAUAACGGUUUUAUUAGUAUGGACUCUGAUCAGACUUCUGGUGGGGAACUUUUGGAUGUAAACCAAGAAACCAGACUUCAAUCAAGUAACGAAAUUGCUACAAGUAGUGUGGAUCAUCCUAGAAAUGGAACUGGAGGAUCUUUGGCUUCUGUUGGAAGUUCAUGCCAACCAACUUCAUCUUUUAGACUUGGAAUUCCAAUAAAGGUAAAAACAUUGGAUGAGAAUAGUACAAAAAAGAAAGAGAACCAACCCUCUGCUAAAAAUGGUAUUCAGAGUUCGAAACAAGUUGUAAGGACAAGUAAUGGAAAUUUCCAAACUCUUUCACUUACAACAACAACAUCUAGUGAUACAGGAAGUGUAACCAUGAGUAAUGGUUCACUCAAUCCAAAGACCACAUUAGAGAAAAAUGCCAAUACUAAUAUAGAUGUGGUAAAACCAGGCAAUAGAGAGAACAGUAAGAUACUAGAAAAGAUAAAUGAGAAUGAAAAUGGGACACAAAAAGGGUUCAUUCCCCAGGCUAGCCCAGUGGUUAACUAUAGAAGUGCUUUGGAUUAUCUUGUUACCCCAAUGGUAAGAUAUAGAGAUAUUGCAAGUAAUCUCAAGGUUAGAACAGUUCCUCCCCAACUCUCAAGUAAUGAUGCGUGUAAAUUUUUCAAAACUGAGGUUUCAGGAAAUGGAAUUGCGGGUUUAUCAAACAGUUCAAAUUCACCUAGGAAUAUGAAUUUCACGGGUAGUAAUGAAUAUAGAGAGACAGUAUAUACUCCAGUAGCUCCUUUUCCUAUCGCUUCAAACUAUCCGGUGGUCACUGGACCUGGGAAUUCUGGAGUUAUUGAAAUGGUGAAUUCCAAGAUACAACCAAAUGGUAAUGUUUUAGUUACUAGUGGAAGCUAUAUUGAUAAUUCCAUAUUAAAACAGAUUCCUACCCUUAACACUCAUGGAAGCAAUCCAAUAAACGGAGUAGUAUUCCCCGGAAACUCGCAAGGUGGAAGAAUUUUUGAUAGAAGUUUAAAUUCUCACAUUUGUAGAGCUCCGGUUGCUGUUCCUCAAAAUCUUGGAUAUAGACUAGUUAGAACAGCUGCGAAAAAUCAUGUUGGAGCUGGUAAGAUCCCUGUGGGAGGAGGAGUUUCCAUUUACAAAGAAAACUAUACUAAAGAGGAGAAUUUCAGUUACAAUAAGAAUCAUAAUGUAAGGAAGGGAUAUGUAAAUAAAAUGUAUCAAUAUUUAGCAGAUUCAAGUCAAUUCCCUCCUCUUCCAAAAGAAAUUUAUGUGGAUGAUAUCGAGUUUCUAACACGUCCUAUUUCUUCAGAAUCGAUUGCAAAUAUGAAUAAAAAGCUCUCUAUCAAUACUCGGGAUAGUGAGACAAAUGUGAGUUUAGUAAAGUGUUCUACUCCUGGUGUAGGAAGGGAAUGGGAUAGCAUUAAUAGGGGAACGUUUUGCACAGUAUAUAAGGUAAGGCAUGGAGAGUGUAUUGCAGCUAUUAAGUGUCCACAAAAAAGGAUUCAUGAUUUGGACCCACUAAUGUCAAGAUAUAGAUGUUAUACAGAGUGGAAGUUAUUGUACAGAUGCAAUAGGCAUCCAAAUAUCUUAAAUUUGAUUGGAGGAAUUCGAAUUAAUGAGUAUGAGAUUUGGCUGGUGACAGAAUACAUUAAGACAGGGGAUUUAUUCAAGUUGAUUCAUGGUAAUGGUUCUCGAAGUAAAACUUUUAGAGAAAGCGUGGAAUAUAGGUACAAAGUAAUGUAUCAGUUGUCAGAUUCGAUAAGAUUUUUACAUUCUCUAUCUCCGAAAAUAGUUCAUAAGGAUCUUAAAUCAAAUAAUAUUUUGAUUGAUGAGAAUUAUAACAUUCGAGUUUGCGACUUUGGGGAUGCUGAAGAACUUCAUUAUAAUGUUAUAACUUGUUGUACAGCGGUUACAUGGCAAUAUGCACCUCCAGAAAUUGUGGGUUGCAGUGAUCCAGCAAAGCCUAAUUCAAAUGCAAAUGAAAAGGUGGAUGUCUGGAGCAUGGGUUGCAUAUUUUUGGAAAUUUUAUGCAAAAGGACUCCCUUACAACACAUAUUGGAUAAAGUUGAGGAAAGUGGUAAGCAUUCAACGCUCUAUAAUUUGAUCCAUUCAAAUAAAAUUGAGGGAGAACUAAAGAUUCCUCCACUUCCGGAUUCUUUGUAUAACUUGAUUACAAUGUGUCUAAGACCAAAUCCUGAACUCAGGGCAUCUUCAAAAGAAGUUUUUGAUUAUUUAGUCAACAAUGAAAAAAAAAUAUUGAAGCAGUUGAGUUACAUCAACCAAUAUAAACUGACUAGUAGUGGUGGCCAUUCAAUUACGAAUAAUCAAAACAAUGAUAUUAAUGCUUUAUCUCAGUUUAGAGCUGUAUAA